GCAAAAAAUUGUCUCAAAAAAUUUAAAUCUGACAUCGCAUAAUGAUUCCUUUAAAUCCCAAGAACCGUUUUUCACAAUGUAUUUUGGUAUGAAUGAAAUCUUACAGUCUCCAAUGAUUCCAUUAAAUUUGCAGUUCCAUUUUCCUUGUUUGCUUUCAUCGUCAUUUCUAAGCAUUGAGACUCUCUCCGUCCCUCCCUCUGUAUGAGAGAGGAGGCAUAAAUUUGGGGAAGGGACGAGGGGGGAGAAGGAAGGAGGGAAGAGGAGAGAGAUGGGGGAUGUGGAGGCAGGGUUCGCAAAGCUGCAGGGGGAGGACUUCGAGUACUACAUGCAGACCUACUCCAUCGUCCUCGGACGCAACAGCAAGAAAUCGGUCGUCGACGUCGACCUCACCAGUCUUGGCGGCGGCAUGAACAUCUCCCGCCACCACGCCCGCAUCUUCUACGACUUCCAGCGCCGCCGCUUCGCUCUUGACGUUAUCGGCAAGAAUGGGUGCCUCGUCGAGGGAGUCCUCCACCUCCCCGGCAACCCACCCGUCAAGCUCGACUCCCAGGACCUACUCCAGAUCGGCGACAAAAAGUUCUACUUCCUCCUUCCCGUCCGCGGUAUUCUCCACCCUUCCCUCCUCCGCUCCCGUCCCCCUCCUCCUCCUCCACCACCAAUUCCCGUCCCGCCGUCGCACGCCCUACCCGUCACCCCGCCACCGUCCAUCGCCCCUUCUGCCCUCUUGGGGAGCGGGAAGAAGGGCCAUGGCCGCCUCAAGCUGCCCCCUCCCCAGCCUGAUUAUGACCCUAUGGGCAAGCGGCCCAGGAAGGGCGACCCGGACACGGCCCUGGGGUUCGGUAGCAGCAGCGGUAGUGGCGGCAGCUCCGUGGCAAAGGCCUCCGGCGUCGGAAUGCAGUUAGUAUAUAAUGGGGCAGGUAGUAGACUGGAGCACUCGUAUGAUGAUAAUGAUCUUACUCAGGAAGGAUUUCUACGACAAUUACGUCCUCAAGUGCAUUUGAGGUUCAGCAAGAGGUCAAUAAGGGAGAGAAAGGGAGAAGAAGCAAGAGCAAGGACAGAUAGAGAAGCUGAGAAUCAUCAAUUCAUGCAACAAGAAGAGAAAGAUGUUGUAUCAUCGGUAGCUAUAGUUCUUUCUGAUCUCUGUGGCCCAGGAGAAUGGAUGCCAAUGGAAAAGCUGCAUGCUGAGCUUAUUGAGCAAUACAAUGGAGUGUGGCCCCACAGUAGGGUAAGGAGGUAUCUCACAUCGGAUGACUGGCCUAUUCUUGAAGCUAAAGGAAGACCUUGGUUUGGCCUGCUCACUUUGCUCAGAAAGUACCCGGAGCACUUUGUUAUCAAUACAAGGUCCAGAGGAAGGGUGACUUCAGAAUUUGUUUCUCUAGUCUCCUUGCUUUCAUGAAAGCUCGGUUUUGUGUUACAGGAGGACCAAGAUGUUGGGAACUGUUAUGAGCGUCUAUAUGCUUAUUAAGUUGGAGUAUAGUUAUUAAGGUAACUUUUACAGCUAACUGAUCGUGGUGGAGGGUGCAUCCUCAUGAAGAAUCGCAUGUCUCGGCUACAAUGUUGGUACUGGUAGGCUUCAGCAAAUAGCAAGAUGAUGUCUUUGUAAAAAAUGUAUUCUGUUCCAUGGUUUCUGUGUCAUGUAGUUUUCUGAAUUUGAUUAUCUUUUCCUUUUCUGUUGUUUCUCUAAGGUGACUGGGAGUUUUUAGGCUGUGUUGCAAUGGGAACAAGAUUUUUCAUGUAUGUACUGGUUAUGCAAGGAUUUGUGACAUUGUAAAUCCCACAAGUUGUUUGGGGUCACUUUUUUGGUUUUGAGGCGGUUAUGGUAAUUGGUGGUACCUGGAAGUGACAUGUCUUGCUUUUUCAGCAAAUUUGAUAUUUUAAAGAA